AGCGCCCAAGCACGCUGCCAAACUGUCACCCUGACAGGCUAACCACUUCCGCCUGUUUUCGUUCUCUCUCUUUUUCCGUCAUCUUCGAUUGAAGAAACUGCACACAUUUCGUGUCAGCUUUUAAAUUUCAAUCAAAUUUAGUAACAUUUCGAUAAAAUGGCCAAGCGCACCAGGAAAGUCGGAAUCGUCGGUAAAUAUGGUACCCGAUAUGGUGCCUCCCUGCGUAAGAUGGUGAAGAAAAUGGAAAUCACCCAGCACGCAAAGUACACCUGCACAUUCUGCGGAAAGGAUGCUAUGAAGCGUUCCUGCGUCGGAAUCUGGUCCUGCAAGCGAUGCAAGCGCGUCGUCGCUGGCGGUGCCUGGGUGUACUCGACCACUGCUGCGGCCUCGGUCCGUUCCGCUGUUCGUCGUCUGCGCGAAAUGUAAAAAGAAAGGCUGUAUUCCAUCGAAUGAUUUACCUAAUACCAAUAAGUGAAUGAAACGUUACUUUAAAUCAUCGUCAUACAUCGGCACUCGUACAAAAAAGCUGCUGGAUUGUGCCCCCUAGAGCAACCAGGAAUCCGUGUAUGCAAAAAAGGGAAAGGAUGAGAAAAGUGUGUGGAAUAAAGAAGGAGAUCCAUCUUCUGGAAGGUGAAUUAAUCUGAAAACGAA